CGUCGCCGCCCUCGCGUCGAUAACGGCUUGGCAACCGCCCAGUCACACAUACGCGCCGCUGUGGAGCAGUGUUGCUGCGGCUCCCUUGCGUACUGCAACGCCGCUCGUUAUUUUCUGGCACUAAACUACACCGGGUAUGCAUGACCGUUGAUACGGGUCUAUAGUUUAAUAGACCAGUGUAGUAGUUCCCAUCGCUGCAAUGAGCUGUUGUAGACCUUCAUUAUCAGCUUGUGUAGCACCUCAACGGCUUCCUUUAACAUCAACGAUAAUGGAGACUCCUCAAGAGGAGGAUUUCCAGCUGUUUGAAGCGAUUACGUUAAAUGGGGAGAGACACACGUUGCUGAAGUGCCCUCGGAGGUUGCCCUCACGACUGGCUCCACGUGACGGCUCCUUCACCAGUACUGAUGUCUUCAACAUCCUUAUGGCUGAUGUCUCUGGCUCUAUGAGUGGCUACUGGCCACAUGUUGUUACUGGCUGGCAGGAGAGCAUAAAAGACAAGCUCUCAGGGCAUACGAAGAUUUUUGUGUUCGAGUCAAAUGUUACAUUUGUACGUGACGGCACAGACCUAACUGAAGAAGAUUUCAUAUGUGGUGGGACAGAUCUUACUUCAGCCUUGCGAACUGUUCGUGAAGAAGUGGAUAAGUGUACAGAACAGUAUGUGCGGAUCUUUAUUGUAACAGAUGGUGCUCAUGGUGAGGGUGAGCCAUACCCUGAAACUGAAAUUAAUCAGAUGAAGGCACCACAAGGCAAGACUGUUGAUGUUUUUCUACUUGGUAUUGGAUGUUCUUUUCCAGUCAAUUACAGCAUUGAUAUUAGAUCUUUUAUGCACAAUGGAAGUGCUAAUUUGCCUACACUGUUUUGGGCUAAAGAUGAAGAAGAAAUUGAAGAACAGAUGAUGGCUAUUGGUGAAGGACUGAGCUCUGGACUAGUAACACUUAGUCUGAGCCACAAUGGUUAUAAACUCCCUGGUUUAGAUAAAGCUACCACCAUUCAUCUUGGUGAGUGGAGCUAUUUCCCUGAAUCUCCUGAGGAUCUUCCUGUUUUAACAGUUAAGGUUGAUGAAGAAAAUCCAAAACUAAUAUGCUCGAAAGUCGAGAAAAUAUCAAUGACCCUGUUGCUUAACGAAAUAUUUCGGCAAUGGAAUUCAGUUUUGAUUCAGCAACAUCGGAAAAAACUGUUUGUCCCAAGUGAAACCUUUGAUCUCAUGGAUUCGUUAUUUAAGAACCUUAUGAAUGAAAUAAACUCUGAAAUUAUUGAUGAAGGAAAUGGUGUAAAGCUAAGAUUGAAAAAGAAGAUGGCUAAGAACUAUGAAGUAGAGUAUGCAACCCUCAUGAAUAUGAGUAAGACGGUGAUUGGUAUUGAAGGCAAAUAUAGAGAUGAAAUGGAACUUGCUGAAAAUAUUCUAAAAAGCACCGUCACUACUAGAAAAUAUGAUACAAAAAAUUUAAAAAUGAAAGGUCAUGGGCAGGAGGACUAUGAUGCUGAUAUGAAGGCUUUCUGUCAGUUAUACCAGAAGGCAAAAAAACGUAUUUUGGAAUUACCAAAUCCUACACCUGAAGAAUGCUGUAGAAUCACAAUGUCGUCUACAUUACAAGAUAUGCAAGAUCCUGACUUUCAUCUAAUGUUUGAAGAGAAUAAGUUUGAUUUUCUAAAAUGUUUUACAAUGACGGGAAUUCCAGUGUAUGCCCCAGUUCGUGAUGCCUCGCAGAUUAAUCCAUGGACAUUGGGCAUAAAGCACAUUCUUGUAACACCAUUUACAAUACUCAGUCAGAGGGCUAUUGAAGCAUAUGCAGACAGUGGUGAUAAUCUUGGAGUAGAAAACAAAGAUGUUAUACUUCAAAAAGAUGAUGAAAAAUCUCGUUUCAAUGCUAUAAUUCCUGUUGUUCCUGCUCAUGCUGCUAGUGUACUGAAGCCACUUGUUCGCUCUAACUUAUAUGCCAUGUUAGCUACAUUUUGCAUUUUGAAAAAUCCCCACAUUGUUGACCAUAAUGCACACAUUGCUGCUCUAGGUUGUGCUUGGGUUAAAUCUGUUGUUCAGUAUCCCCCUAAAGAUCGCCCAGAAUAUAUCACUGAUAGACUUAAAAAUAUAAUUUCUACAGCUAGUUUAUAUAUGGAUCGAGCAAGAAUAGUUUGCUAUGUGAAUGCAUUAAAGAAUAAUCCACAGCAAGCCCUCAUGACAGAAAGCAUCGAUACAUUUGAUGACCAUACUCUGAAGUGUGAAUCACUCAUUAAACCUCUGUUUUUCCUUUAUCUGGAAAAGGAAAAAUUUACGAAACUUGAGCUGGAAAAUAUUCUGAUACUAUUAUUAGCAGAAUUCAUUGGACGUUGCCUCUCAAAUUACUUGCCCACAGAGAAUGAUGAUAAAGGCACGACUACACCUUUCACCGAUUUCUUUGCUGAAGACCUUAAUGACCCAGAGAAGAAAAAAUCAUUGCUUGAAAAGCACUGUCAGGCUGUAAUUGAUGAAUUUCAGUUGGCUCAUGGAAACCUUGUAGAUAAAUUUUUCACUCUUGAUGAUUUGCAAGCCAGCAUAAAGCAGCAUGUUGUUAAACGGGUGGCUGCUUUAGCCGAUACUUUAAUGGAAGACAUAACCAUAAAGGUUAACAUGGAAAAGGUAAAGAAGCUCAAGAAUUUUGGGAGCUGUGGUGAUGUCAAAUUUACAUCAUUCCAUUCAUGGGCACAAGAAAUGGGAAUUGCUGAGGAAAGUAUUCAAAAAGCUACCAAUCCAUCUCAGGUUCUUGUGUAUGUAAGCGAGGCUCUUCAGUAUCCAAGCUCAAAGGAUCGGCGAUCAAGAGAUCUUGCCACUAGUGAAGAAGCCUUUAUAAUUGUCAAAGAAAAAGUGACUCGAGAAAAUGUGAAAAAAAUGAAGCGAGUAUUAUUGACAGAGGUUGAAGAGUUUGCUGUUAAAAAGUGGCAAGAAGCUUAUUCCAUACUUCACACUCCACUGGUAAUGCCACUGACUCGUGAGCAGGUUAUAGAAGCUGCCCGGUCCAAAGGAAUCGAGGUUACUGAAGAAACAUUCGGUAAAGUGUACAGGUAUAAUGCAGAUUUAAAGCUGCUGCGCAAUGCAUGCCAAAUCCCAGGCUGUCCGCAUUAUUUGGUUCCACAUAGAAAUUUCAACCAACAUCUAGCAGUUGAGAGAACUCGAAGUGACUUCCCACAUUCUCUUCAUUUGAUUUCUCACCAGUUCAGUGAUUUGGGAAUAGAAGCAGUUGUAAAAGAGGUAACUACAGGGACUCAUACUGGAAGACAAAACCGACCGAAGCCUCCCGUUCCCGAGGCUUCGUCCCUAAAUCCUCUGAUGGUUGAAUUGGACACCCUUUUGCAGGAGUACAAGAAAAAUCACACACGAGAGUGAUAGAGCAAGGAGGAGGAGACCACAUCACUACUCUAGUCACAGUAUUAUAGGAGGGUAAUUAGUAGUGUUCAGUGUGUUGAAGCAUAAUUUGUGUUGAAGAUUUAAAUGGUUUUAUUUGUACAUUUGUGAAAUUUAUAUGCUAAGAAUAUUUUGUAUACAUGAAGUGCCUAACAGUAUCAGGUAUGACCAUUACAUCUUUACACAUCAUUCCCUGAUGGAAUCAUGGUUUAGCUAAAAGUGAAUAAUAUUGAAAUUAUAUGUAUUACCAAAGAAAUUUAUUCAGAUUGUCACUUGUGUAAGUACUAUCCUGAACAUUUCUACUCGUGUGCUUUAUUUAAGUCUACACUGCUGGAUGAUCUGUUCAUUCUUAUUCCCUACUGAUAUUGUAUUUUUCUUUUGUAAAUUCCUAAUGGAUACUUGACUAUUUCUUCCCUGUGAUGCAGGUGUAACCCAUAGUUUCCUCUUCAAAGUUCCUCUUCCCCUUCCCCGUGAAUAUUGCAUGUGUAACUAAACCAAUAUAUAUUUUCUAUAGAAAUAUUUAGUGUUAUAAAUUAUUAUAGGCUGAAAUGAACAGGGAAUAUAAGAGCACCUUUCAAAAACCGAAGUUUCUGUUCGGUUUACAGGUAAUGGUGUAAUUUUUCAGUAAUUCGCAUUCCUAGUAUGGUAUUGUCACACUAAUUUUGGCUUAAUUUGUUGGGACAAAUUCUGAUAUGGCUUACACAUUAUAUAUAGCCAUAUACUGUGUAUGGUACAUUAUUAGAAUGGAUUAUAUUAUUCCGUGUCAGAAUUAGCCAAAGUCAUUUCUAAUGUGUUAUUUUGUUUUUACUUGUUAGUUACCGUGUUUAUAAGUGGUUUGGAGGAACUGAAAUAGGAAAUCACCGUUGCUAAACAUGUUCACAUUCCGAUUAUUUUUGUAUACUGUAGUAUUUGGCUGUAAAACUUGCUAAAUUGUAUUCUUUUUUUGUCACCAAAAUAAAGCAAGUUUUUCA